AUGGAAAUGGAAGAAGGGUCAGAAACAAGAGAAUUGGAAUGGAAGAAAAUAAGAACAACAUUUAUGGUGGAAGUGAAGAAAGUAGUUACUAUAGCUGGACCAAUGGUGGCCUCGUCUAUGUUGCAGAACCUUCUGCAAGUAAUAUCGGUUAUUAUGGUUGGACAUAUUAAUCAGUUGUCUCUUUCAAGUGUUUCCAUUGCUACAUCUAUCACUAAUGUUUCCGGCUUUAGUAUUUUGUCAGGGAUGGCUGGUGGAAUAGAAACUUUAUGUGGUCAAGCUUUUGGAGCUGGCCAAUUUGAAAAACUGGGAAUAUACACAUACACUGCUGUAAUGUCCCUCGCCAUGGUUUGUGCACCAAUCACUGUUUUAUGGAUUUUCAUAGAUAAAAUCUUAGUUUUCAUUGGCCAAGACCCCGAGAUCUCCAUCAAAGCUCGUACAUAUGCUCUUUGGCUGAUACCAGGACUAUUUGGCUCAGCAAUUCUCAAACCCCUAACACGUUUUUUCCAGACACAAAGGAUCCUUUCUCCUAUGAUUAUAAGCUCCUUAAUAGGUUUGUGCUUCCAUGGAGUUACCUCUUGGAUCUUAGUAUUUAAAUUGGCGUUGGGAUCUGUUGGCACCGCAAUUGCAUUCAGCUUAGGAAUUUGGUUGAAUGUGGUAAUACUUUUGUACUUCGUCAAGUAUUCUUCUGCUUCUGAGAGAACACGUGUGCCAUUUUCAAAGAAAGCUUUCCUUGGAUUUAGAGAAUUCUUUGCCCUUGCUGUUCCUUCUGCUGCUAUGGUUUGUCUCAAAUGGUGGGCUUGUGAGGUGAUUUUUUUGCUAGCUGGACUUCUUCCCAAUCCGAAGUUGGAGACAUCAGUUCUCUCUUUAUGCAUGUCCAUCUCUACGCUGCACUUCACUAUAUCUUUUGGACUUGGGGCUGCAACUAGCACACGAGUUUCAAAUGAAUUAGGGGCAGGAAAUCCAAAAGCAGGUCGUUUUUCUGUUUGUACGGCUAUGAUCCUUGCACUGAUAGAAGCUCUUAUUGUCGUCAUAAUCCUGUUUGGCUGCAGAUAUGUCUUGGGUUAUGCCUAUACCCAUGACAAUGUGCUAGUUCAUUAUGUGGCUGUUAUGACCCCUUUUCUGUGUGCAUCAAUAUUUACAGAUAGCAUACAAGCUGUUCUUUCAGGGGCUGCUAAAGGAAGUGGGUGGCAACGUGUUGGAGCCUAUGUGAAUCUUGGAGCGUUUUAUUUAGUAGGAAUUCCUGUAGGCAUUGUACUGGGAUUUGUUGUACAUUUCAAAGCAAAGGGUCUUUGGAUUGGAAUAGUCUGUGGCUCCAUCGUGCAGACAAUUUUCCUUUCCAUUAUUACUGCUCGUACGGAUUGGAAAAAACAGGCAACAAUGGCAAGAGUGAGAGUAUUUCAUAAUGCUACUUAG